CAUUGUUUCCGAUAGCUUCCAACUGAAACGCACAAUCGAUUGCUGGCGCGUUGGACUUCUUUUUUUGUUGGGACACUUUAAAAUUUUUCUUGAAAAUCUCGCGGAAAAUUGAUCAAAGUAAACCGAAAUGCAGCGUGCGCGGCUGUUGCAAAGUAUGUGGAGGCGUCUGGUACAGUUGCCAGUAGGCAGGCCAUCCGCCGCUAGCCUGGAAUUGCGUUAUGCAAUGAUUUCUCCAACACAUCUGCGGUUCCUUGGCACGGGCGGCGUACAAUGUGAUGUGAGUAAGAGGAGCCGGCGACUCGCCCCUACCGAAAAGGUGGAAGACCGCAUUGAAGAUGUAUGGACUCAGUUGGAGGCGUACUACCAACAGCACAGUCUUCUCAACUAUGAGCACUGCCAGCGCUUAUUGGGGCAGCUAAAGCGCUCACCGGCGUCUCAAGAAGUCAGCAUGGAGCAAUUGCACUUUCUCUUGGGAUCGUGCGUUCCCGAGUUUCUUCCUGCUCAGACCGGUCAGGAGCGGCAGCAGCUUUUUCAGGCGCUUUGGGUAGAACUUCUGAGACUUGGCCAGCCAACGCUGGCUCACUACCAUACAAGGUUACAGGUGCUGUGUCAGAAUCGCCUGCCUUUGCUCGACCAUCGUUCUUUAUUGGCCGAAAUUGCCAUUUACCACGGUGCUGCUGAUGCUGCUUUGUACAGUUCUCUUUUGGACGUUGCCGGUUCGGUAGGAAACGUGCGCAUGGCUACUGAGUUGCUCGCCGAGAUGCGCGAGCGCAGUUUUGCCCUUACUGAGCGCAACUUUCACGCCCUACUUCUGGGUCACGCCCGCAAUGGUGAUCUUUCUGGUGCAGAGUCAGUUUUAGCCAGCAUGCGGGCCGCUGGAAUACAACCUGGCAGCAGUACCCAAGCUCACUGGUUUGAGGCCCUUGUGGCGAAUGGCCAGGUGUCCCAGGCCCUGGAACUAGUAAGGGCGGAAGCGGGGUUUACUGCCCCUCAGCUGCUUCAGAUGUUGCGGGGUUUGCUCACCAGUAAGAAUGUGGACACGGAUCUUGCCCAGCAGUUGGUCAAGGAACUGCCACGGGAAUUUUUUACCGGACUUGACAUGCCGCACGCUAUCAGGAGUCUAUGUAUCCAGCUGGUACACCAGGAACGCAGCCAAGUCGUUAUUAAACUUGUUGGUGCAUUGCCUGCUCCAAAAUUUGAGGUCCAGAAUCAAAACACUGAUGAGUACGGCACACUACUGCUGCAUGAGUUUUUCCGCGCACGUGUCCCAUUGACGCAAACACUCCAGUUCGCCAGUGAACUGGUUAAGCGGAACCUGAAUACCCGUGCCCUGCAUUUGGUGGUUGAGUUAGCACUGCGCAGGCUGCCUUCAUCUGCGCUCCACUGCUUGGAGGAACUAUUUGCAGCUGGCGAAGAACUUCGCCCACAUUACUUCUGGCCUCUGAUUCUACACCACAACCGGCGAGACGGUGAAAGCGGAAUGCUGCGAAUGGUGGCUGAAAUGAAGCGCCUUCGUGUGGAGUGUGACGAUGAAACCUUGCGCCAGUAUCUGCUUCCCCAUCUGAACAAAACUUUAACGCAACCAUUCGAGGCCGUAAAGGCACUAGAAUCGGCGGGUGUGAAGCCCUCGCAGGUUCUAGGACCAGUCGUAAGCCACCUGUUGCAGCAACACGAAAUGACCAAGGUGCUGGACUUACUCAAGCGGUAUCCUACGCGAAUGGAUAUUUUCACGCUGCUUCAACCAUUGUCAUCGCUUGCGGUGAAUGCCCGUGCCACUAAGCGCUUUGAGCUUUUCGCGCAGGUGAUUCAGGCUCUGCAUCAAAAGGCGUUCCAACAGGGUCAGGAUUACGUGGGUUGCUUGUUGCUGCAAAUGACUGGGCCGCAUACGCGUCUGCGUCAGGAUCCCUCUUCUCUUCUGCGAUUUUUGCACGAGUUAAGACGACUAGAGAUGCAGGUGUCACCUGCUGCCUCUGAAGCUUUAGUCUCAUUGGCCCAGCAUGCCACCAAGGACACCGAGGUGAUUCAGGAUAUAGGAAAAACGCUGCAGAGGAUGCGCAACUCUCAGCUGUCUUUGCCACCGGAUGCGUCCUCUCUCCACGGGGGAUUUAUCAAGCACCCGCGUGACAUGAGCUUAGACGAACUAGAGUGUCAUCUGGUAGAGCUGGAGUCCAAGCAGCUAAAUCCACGCGGCGUGUUGCGCCGAUUGCUGCAGCUCUCGGUGCGCAGUGGCCGCUUAGAGCGUGCCCAGCAGCUGUUGGCCAAGUGCCAGUCUUUGAAUGUACACGCGAGUGCAGGAAUGAUGGCCUCUAUCUUGGAUCUAUACAUUAAGCUACGUGACUUGCCGCGCGCUCAAGAAAGCUUGGAGCGACUGAGCAGCAAUUAUCCAGCCUUUCAGAUUGACGAGCACAAAGUGAUUGACUACGCCGCCCUCUUGGUACAUGCUAAUCAGCUUGCGGCUGCUAAGCAGCUGCUCCAACGGCGCGCAGAACAGCACAAGGUCGUCGGUGGUGAUUAUGUUAUUAAAAACGUGUGGCAACUGUUGACCAAUGUAGCUCACUUGGCGACCUCAGAGAAAAUAAGUGCAGAGAUCUCGAAGUCAAAUAAUGUGACCCGAGAAAUGUUAGACUUUCUUAAGAACCUGGGAUAUUGCCAGUCCCAAAAUGCCUUAUUGGGGCCAGUAGUUCGCGAGUGGUUGCUGAAAGGCAAUUUGGAUGCAGCCGUGGCAGAGUUUCAGUGGCUUGCAAACAAAUACAAACACACUCCCCUGCAGUUUGAGCUCCUUUCCCUGCUGGUUUGCCUUGGCAAUGGCGACGAACAGGAACUUGCUCGAUUCCCUGGAACCACGGCCGAAUCUGCGCAGCACCACUUGGCUUCGGUUACGGCAACAGUGAGUCGUGUUCACGGGACAUCCAACAUGAAUAGCGCCUUGCUGGUCGCGUUAGCGGAGUCAGGAAAGGAAACGCAGUUGCGUCGCCUUAUUAUCAACCCGGAGUUCCGUAUUAACCACGAGCUGCUGGUAAAGAACUGCGAGCAUUUGGGAAAGGAGGGCGCGGUGCGGACGCUAUUGCGGCUGGCGCGUGGAGUAAGGGGCGUUCAGCGUACUGUAGACGAGCAAAAGAUAUAUGACUUGCUUUUGGCUCAGUUCUGCAGGAGCAAUGACAUAGAGGCGGCGUUAGACCUCUUCGAGCGUCUGGAUACUGAUGACGAGCUAAAAGUAUCGCAGGAGUUUCUGCGCAACCUUGUGCUGCUGCUGCAAGUGAACCGGGCUGAGAUUCCCAGUAGCAUCGCCCUGCGAGCCCAGGUUAGAUAGUCGGACCAGUAAUUGGCGCUUUUAUGCUUAGUCAGUUACUUUUUCACGUCAAUAAAUUGAUUGAAUCUUGACGAUGAAGACAUUGCCUCCGACGGCAAUAUUUAUGGAAACUUUUAAAUUUCCACUUGAAUAGCCAAAUAUUUAUAUAGUCCGUAGUCAUAGACUUUUUGAAUUAAAAAUAUUCUCACUUAAAUGUAUUAAUAUUGGUAUGUAAUUUUUAACAUAUGUACAUAUGUAUGUAUAAAAGUAUUGUAAGCUUACGUCAGUGAAAAGCAAUGCAUCCUCCAUGGAGACCAUGUCAAGGUACCACCUAUAUAAUGGUGGGUACCAUGGGACCACUUGGAGGCACUUUACUAACAGAAACACGCUCAGGGGAAAAUGACGACUGAUUUUUCACCGGCCAAGACAAAUUCGCGGAUGUUGGAUAACCAUAAGAAGCAUAAAAGUGCAAAGGGUUCAAAGCCGGGCGUUGGGCUUGAUUGCAAAUGCGCCUUGGUUUGGUUUGUCAGAAACGAAGGCCCAGCAAGUAACCUCCACAUUCCCUCUGGCAGGGAAAAUAUAAACAGACACUCGAGUCAGUAGAACGAUUGUCCUCCAGCUCACACCAACCAUCUAGCCUCUUCCCUGGCCAACCCAACAAUUAGAAGACGUCUAAAGCAAGGGCAUCCUUCCGAUCCUGGACAAGCGGACUCCAAGUUUCUCGAGUCCUAAAGCAGUAACUUAGAUUUAGUAUUGAU